AAUUUUCCUUUUGAAUAGCCGGCUGACUCUAGACUGCCUCGUGUAUAACAUCUGGGAGCUCCAAAAAUACAUUUAUGGGAAUACACGUAUUAAAUCCCUUUUGGCAUCCGAGAAUGACGGGUUAUUAAACCAGGAACUCCGCAACCAAAAGGCGUUACCAAAAUCCAACAAGUGGGAACCCCGACAAGUGGUUGACCCGACGUGAGUUCGGAUAUUUCGACUCAGCAAACAUCAUCCGGUGAGUCGUAUCCAAUUUCGUCAUAAUUCCACCAUUUCAUGUAUGCUAAUAUGACUGACCAGCAACCAGGGGAAAUUAACACCGUAUCUACUAGUUGUUUACCAACAUUUUGGAUACAGUAUCCCCAGCUAUGGUUUAUGCAGGCCGAGUCAUUUUUUGAAAUCAAUCGCAUACAUAAGGAUGCCUUAAAGGUUCAUCACGUUAUUUCCCGACUCCCACCUGAAAUGUUGCUCCUGGCGCAGGAUAUCCUAAAAACGAGCAGUACAUACCAACAGUUAAGAGACUUGUUAAUCCGUGAGCUUAGCCUUAGUGAGCGUAAAAGAGUGCAGCGUCUACUUAAUGAAGAGCAGUUAGGCGAUCGCACUCCUACGCAACUAUUACGAGCCAUGCAAGCUUUGGUAGGUGAAAACCCUCCAGAGAAUUCCAUUUUUAAGCAGCUAUUUAUGCAACGGCUCCCUGUACAUGUACAACAGAUUCUGGCUAACGCCCACCAGGAUACCGAACUAAAAGAUUUAGCCCUUAUGGCUGAUAAGAUAAUGGAGAUACAAACGCCAACGAUCUCAAACUUAUCACCUCGUACACCUGACGACGAACUCGUUAAAGCCGUACGCUCCUUGCAACAACAACUGGCUUCCAUUACCAUCACCAGACGAAGGAGCAACUCCCGAUCUAAUCAACGGCGUACUCGGAGUGUUAGUCGUCUCCGUGGCAUAUGCUGGUACCACCGUAGGUUCCGCAACAAGGCGAAAAAGUGCGUGAAACCGUGUCGGUUUUCCGAUUCGGGAAACGACCACGCCAGCACGUAAUGGCGACGACGCAAGCUGGCAUAUGCGAGCCAGGUCGCCUAUUCUACUUGCGGGACGUAACAUCCGGCAUGCGAUUCCUCGUAGACACGGGUGCCCAAGUCAGUGUAGUUCCCCCGCGUCCAGAAGACCUGAAACACUGCUCGAUAUACAGCCUCCAAGCAGUUAACGGCACACAAAUCCGAUCCUAUGGAGAACGUUCUAUCACUCUAAAUCUCGGUCUCCGUAGAUCCUUUCCUUGGAUUUUCAUCAUAGCUAAAGUGCCUACUGCAAUAUUAGGCCUUGACUUCUUUCAGCACUAUGGUAUUAUCGUAGAUCCUAAGCGCUGUCAGAUCAUAGAUGGCCUAACGCAACUAUCACAGGCUGGUUUUAAGAGCUCCGUAAUGUCUAUGAGUCCGCAGCUUGUCCCGCCUCAAGCUUCUUCGAUGUAUUUGGAUCUGUUGCGCGAAUUUGCCAGCAUAACGAAGCCCGGAUAUCAUCCUGGUGAUAUCAAACAUGAGAUCGUUCAUAGGAUAACGACAGCAGGCAGUCCAGUAUUUCAUCGUCCUCGGCGACUAGCGCCAGAUAAACUUUCCGUAGCGAAGGCCGAGUUCGAUCAUAUGUUACAAUUGGGCAUAAUACGUCCAUCCAGCAGUAUGUGGGCAUCGCCCCUACAUAUGGUCCCGAAGAAUAAACCUGGAGACUGGAGACCAUGUGGGGAUUAUAGGGGACUGAACGCCAUCACCGUCCCAGACAGAUACCCCAUUCCGCAUCUCCAGGAUUUCUCAUCCUCGCUGUACGGAAAGAAAGUGUUCAGCAAGAUAGAUUUAGUACGGGCAUACCACCAAAUUCCCGUUCAUCCUCAAGAUGUACCUAAGACUGCCGUCACUACUCCCUUUGGCUUAUUUGAGUUCUUGCGAAUGCCAUUUGGUCUUCGUAAUGCAGCUCAGACGUUUCAACGUUUUAUGGAUCAGGUCAUUCGCGAGCUGGACUUCGUUUUCGUCUACAUCGACGAUGUCUUAGUUGCAAGUCGAAAUCAUGACGAACAUUUGCGUCAUCUGCGACAGCUUUUCGAACGAUUUGCGCAUUAUGGGGUAGUUAUCAACGCCGCCAAGAGUCAGUUAGGAGUUGAUACGGUAGACUUUCUUGGUCACCGUGUUUCCUCCGCUGGAAUUGCACCCCUACCGGAUAGAGUGACAGCCAUCACUGAGUAUCCCAUACCUGAUUCCAUCAAAAAGUUACGCCGGUUCGUUGGCAUGGUUAACUUCUACCGAAGAUUCAUCCCGCACUGUUCAGAGUUAGCCCAGCCACUUACCGAACUACUCAAAUUAGAUGCUAAAACAUUCAGCUUUACGGAAUCAGCUAAACACGCAUUCAGCGAGCUAAAACAACAGCUAGCAACUGCCACUCUUCUUGUGCAUCUGGAUCCUAAGGCCCCGUUACAGUUAACGGUGGAUGCCUCAGAUGCAGCUGUAGGUGGUGUGCUUCAACAAAGACAGAGAGGUGAAUUGUAUCCAAUUGCCUUUUUCUCUAAGAAAUUGCAGCCUGCCGAACGACGUUAUAGCACGUUCAGCAGAGAACUCUUAGCUAUUUACCUCAAUGUGCGUCAUUUCCGACAUUAUUUGGAAGGACGUACGUUCACGAUAUUCACCGAUCAUAAGCCGUUAACGUAUGUACUGCGUUCUGCUUCUGAUCGUCUUUCCCCACGAGAAACUAGACAAUUAGAUUACAUUUCCCAAUUUACUUCUGACAUACGGCAUUUGUCCGGCGCGAAUAACGCCGUAGCAGAUGCCUUAUCAAGGGCGGAAAUCAACGCUCUAUUCGAACAUUCCUCCAUUGACUUCCAAGAACUAGCCACAGCGCAGCAUCAGGAUAAUCAGUUUCUUCAACAACUGCAAGAAACCAAUCUUCAAGUGAAAGCCAUUCCGCUGCCUGGUAGUUCGGAUGUUCUGAUGUGUGAUCUUUCGACAGGAAAACCACGACCUGUCGUACCACCAAACUAUCGGCGAAUCAUCUUCGAUUCAAUCCACGGUCUAUCACAUCCAGGCAUCCGCGCAACUCGCAAGCUUAUUUCUGAUCGCUUUGUGUGGCCAGCACUAAACAAAGACGUGCAGAUCAUGGUGAGAAACUGCCUCCCAUGCCAACGUUCAAAAGUGCAACGGCAUACUCAGGCACCACUUGGCAACUUCACCGUUCCCGAUGCUCGUUUCAGUCAUGUGCACAUAGACACCGUUGGUCCACUGCCGCCGUCGAGUGGAUACAAGUACCUAUUGACUUGCAUCGAUCGCUUCACUCGUUGGCCCGUGGCAGUACCCAUCGCAGACAUUUCUGCAGAGACGGUAGCACAUAACUUUGUGGCUCAUUGGAUCGCGCAUUAUGGUGUACCAUCCACCAUAACAACUGAUCGCGGUGCGCAAUUCGAGUCGACGCUUUUUCGAGAAUUAACCAAUACUCUCGGAACCAAGCGUAUAAGAACAACUGCGUACCACCCAUCAUCGAACGGGUUAGUCGAACGUUUCCACCGUCAUCUCAAAACAGCUUUGAUGGCAUGUUCCGACACUACCCGUUGGACAGAAACCUUACCGCUGGUUUUAUUAGGUCUUCGAACGACACCUAAAGCUGAUUUAGGUUGCUCCACCGCGGAGCUGGUAUACGGUACCACGUUAAAGCUCCCGGCUGAUCUCGUUCAACCGACCGACAUCGACGCUAUAGAUCCUUCAAACUUUGUCCAUCGGCUACGUUCAUCUAUGCGUGAACUGCACUUUAUCCCCACACGCGCACACACCAAUAAGUGUUACAUACCGAAAGAUCUCGAAACUUGUUCACACGUGUGGGUACGAAAUGAUGCAGUCCGCAAGCCAUUACAACCACCGUACGAAGGACCAUUCGAAGUGAUCGCUAGAACCGAAAAACAUCAUAUGAUCAACAAGAAUGGUAAAGUCGAUGCGGUUUCCGUAGAUCGUCUUAAACCAGCGUACAUCGAAAAACCUUGUAAACAACAAUCUACUGAUUCUUACUCGACACCGUGUACGCAGCAGACACCACAGCUCGUUGAAGAUGACCCGCAGCUUGUAACAUCUAAAGCUAAGCCACAAGGAGACAUUAAUACGCGGCAGACACGGUCAGGAAGGCGAGUCCAUUUUCCAGACCGCUUAGUGUAUCACACAUCUUGACAAUAUCAUCUUGUUCUGCUGAUCACUUGCUAGUAUCGCUUGCUGCCAGUCUCCUCCUGUUUGUUUUUCUCCAGAUUCCGCCAGAAUGCAACUGAACAUCUCGCACGAGGAAGAAGCGGAUUUUCCAGUCUAGACAAAUCUAACAUCCGUGCAUUUACCAUCCUGCACUGCUCCCAAAUCUUUCAUUGUACCUUACACACAGAAUAUUAGCCUGCAUGCCUCCCAUACCUCAGCCUCGGGUAUUUCAUGCGACACUGUACCAGGUAGAGGUCAGUUUUUACCGGCUAUUCCCACCGGGUUUUUUACUCCUGGUCGCUUGAACAUCGUGCGACUAGCGCACUGGUGGGGAGCCGGCUGACUCUAGACUGCCUCGUGUAUAACAUCUGGGAGCUCCAAAAAUACAUUUAUGGGAAUACACGUAUUAAAUCCCUUUUGGCAUCCGAGAAUGACGGGUUAUUAAACCAGGAACUCCGCAACCAAAAGGCGUUACCAAAAUCCAACAAGUGGGAACCCCGACA